CAGGCAGCCCGUGUUCCCUGCCCGCCGUGCCAGGCUCCUGCCUCCACGUGGGCCCUGACAUCCGUCCUUGCCCGAGUGACUGCCCCUGUUCAGGCUGCCCUCCGGGGCCCCUUCUCGGAGUGUUGUGAAGAACCAGGCUGACAGGCUGGAAUUUCCCAGAGAAUUUUUAUCAAGAGGAAGAAAUGAAAGACUUACAGGAACGGUGGCUCGCGCGCAGAUGACACAUUUCCCGAGAAAGUGCUCACGCCUCCUGCGCCUCCACCACCCAUCCAAGGAUAUGCCUUCAAGCCUCCGCCCAGACCCGACUUCGGGACCUCCGGGAGAACAAUCAAGUUACAGGCCAACUUCUUUGAAAUGGACAUUCCAAAAAUUGACAUUUAUCAUUAUGAAUUGGAUAUCAAGCCAGAGAAAUGCCCAAGGAGAGUUAACAGGGAAAUAGUGGAACAUAUGGUCCAGCACUUUAAAACACAGAUCUUUGGGGAUCGGAAACCAGUGUUUGAUGGAAGAAAGAAUCUCUACACGGCGAUGCCCCUUCCGAUUGGGAGGGAUAAGGUGGAGCUGGAGGUCACACUGCCGGGAGAGGGUAAGGACCGCAUCUUCAAGGUGUCCAUCAAGUGGGUGUCCUGCGUGAGCCUGCAGGCGUUACACGAUGCACUUUCGGGGCGGCUGCCCAGCGUCCCUUUCGAGACGAUCCAGGCCCUGGACGUGGUCAUGAGGCAUCUGCCGUCCAUGAGGUACACCCCUGUGGGCCGCUCCUUUUUCACCGCGUCUGAGGGCUGCUCUAACCCUCUUGGUGGGGGCCGAGAAGUGUGGUUUGGCUUCCAUCAGUCUGUCCGACCUUCUCUUUGGAAAAUGAUGCUAAAUAUUGACGUCUCAGCAACAGCAUUUUAUAAGGCACAGCCAGUAAUUGAAUUUGUUUGUGAAGUUUUGGAUUUUAAAAGUAUUGAAGAACAACAAAAACCUCUGACAGAUUCCCAAAGGGUAAAGUUUACCAAAGAAAUCAAAGGUCUAAAGGUGGAGAUCACGCACUGCGGGCAGAUGAAGAGGAAGUACCGUGUCUGCAAUGUGACCCGGCGGCCCGCCAGCCACCAGACGUUCCCACUGCAGCAGGAGAGCGGGCAGACGGUGGAGUGCACGGUGGCCCAGUACUUCAAGGACAGGCACAAGCUGGUUCUGCGCUACCCCCACCUCCCAUGUUUACAAGUUGGACAGGAGCAGAAACACACCUACCUUCCCCUGGAGGUCUGUAACAUAGUGGCAGGACAGAGAUGUAUUAAGAAGUUAACCGACAAUCAGACCUCAACCAUGAUCCGAGCAACUGCCAGGUCCGCGCCCGAUCGGCAAGAAGAGAUCAGCAAGCUGAUGCGAAGCGCAAGUUUCAAUACAGAUCCGUAUGUUCGUGAAUUUGGAAUCAUGGUCAAAGACGAGAUGACAGAUGUGACUGGGCGGGUCCUGCAGCCACCCUCCAUCCUCUACGGGGGCAGGAAUAAAGCGAUCGCCACCCCUGUCCAGGGCGUCUGGGACAUGAGGAACAAGCAGUUCCACACGGGCAUCGAGAUCAAGGUGUGGGCCAUCGCGUGCUUCGCCCCCCAGCGCCAGUGCACCGAAGUCCACCUCAAGUCCUUCACUGAGCAGCUCAGAAAGAUCUCGAGAGAUGCUGGGAUGCCGAUCCAAGGCCAGCCGUGCUUCUGUAAAUAUGCACAGGGGGCGGACAGCGUGGAGCCCAUGUUCAGGCACCUGAAGAACACGUACGCCGGUCUUCAGCUCGUGGUGGUCAUCCUGCCUGGCAAAACCCCGGUGUAUGCUGAGGUGAAGCGCGUGGGAGACACAGUGCUGGGGAUGGCCACACAGUGUGUGCAGAUGAAGAACGUUCAGAGGACCACACCGCAGACCCUGUCCAACCUCUGCUUGAAGAUCAAUGUCAAACUGGGAGGCGUGAACAACAUCCUGCUACCCCAGGGGAGGCCUCCCGUGUUCCAGCAGCCGGUGAUCUUCCUGGGGGCGGACGUCACCCACCCCCCUGCCGGGGACGGGAAGAAGCCUUCCAUCGCUGCAGUCGUGGGCAGCAUGGACGCCCACCCCAAUCGCUACUGCGCCACCGUGCGGGUCCAGCAGCACCGGCAGGAGAUCAUUCAGGACCUGGCCGCCAUGGUCCGCGAGCUCCUCAUCCAGUUCUACAAGUCCACGCGCUUCAAGCCCACCCGCAUCAUCUUCUACCGUGACGGCGUCUCGGAGGGGCAGUUCCAGCAGGUUCUGCACCAUGAGUUGCUGGCCAUCCGCGAGGCAUGUAUUAAGCUAGAAAAAGACUACCAGCCGGGGAUCACCUUCAUAGUGGUUCAGAAGAGGCACCACACGCGGCUCUUCUGCACCGACAAGAAUGAGCGGGUUGGGAAAAGUGGAAACAUUCCAGCAGGCACCACCGUGGACACGAAAAUCACCCACCCAACUGAGUUUGACUUCUACCUGUGUAGUCACGCUGGCAUCCAGGGGACAAGCAGGCCUUCCCACUAUCACGUGCUUUGGGAUGACAAUCGUUUCUCUUCCGAUGAGCUGCAGAUCCUCACCUACCAGCUGUGUCACACCUAUGUGCGUUGCACACGCUCCGUGUCCAUCCCAGCACCAGCAUACUAUGCUCACCUGGUGGCCUUCCGGGCCAGGUACCACCUGGUGGAUAAAGAACAUGAUAGUGCUGAAGGAAGCCAUACCUCCGGGCAGAGUAACGGGCGAGACCAUCAGGCACUGGCAAAGGCAGUCCAGGUUCAUCAGGACACGCUGCGUACCAUGUACUUUGCUUGACGUGUUUCAGUGUUUACGAUCGUGUACCAAGUUGGAUUCACAUGAGACCAGCUACACUCAGACCAACAGUUGCCCAGCCCCUCCGUGACAGCCAGCGUCGAACAUGAGAUGUCCUUGAUUUUAGCAGAUUCUCCAUUUUCCAGAAUGCCUUCCGUCCCAGAUUUCAAACUUGGAUUUUGAGCUGCAGACCUGUAUGAGACCCCACUGUCGUAGGAAAUAUGGUUUGCCAAAAUCUAUAAGCUGCUUAUUAAAAUAGAGUCCCCUGUUUCCUAAAAAUCUCCUAAAACCAGUCUGUGAACUCAGGGCUUUAAAACAUUUUUAAUUUAUUUGGUCACUCAAUUUCCUUGUUUUUAACACAUGAGUCUAUAUGAAAUUGAUGGGCUCAAACUAGUUGUGAACGUUCUCUGAGAGCAAAAGCAACACAAACACGAUUGUGGUUUUAAAGCCUUGAACAUUCUGAUGUUGUCACUAAAGUUUAUUUCAAAGGGAUACUAAUGUGCUCCUGGCUUGGUUCACACCGGGACCCGAGGGCAGGGGCCGUGCCAAGGUGCCCACGGGUGUCUGUGUCUCUUUCUGCCACUGCCCGCCUUUCACUCAGCUCAAAAUAAGGAGCGGUGGCAGGAAAUGGGCCAUGUGUGUUUACGACAUUGGUAGGUCCAGAGAGAUUGGCAGACAAGUGCCAUUUUAAUAAAAAUUUAUUUAAAAAAAGAAAAAAGACAAUAUGCCGACAGUCUAAUCAUAAGAUGUGUCCUAUAGGACUGUGACAUUUAUUUUCCAAAGUUUCUAAAGAAUACGGGUCUGUGGUGAUAAAUACAGUACAAUCCUUUUUCACUGUUAUGUCUUUAAUGUAAAAGAAAAAAUAUAUAUAUCUGGUUUGCAGUAUUAAUGUGAUAGAUAGAUGCUGUUUUUCAUUUUAUUGACUACGGGGUGCUUAUUGUGAUCUGUUUAGCAUAUCAAGAGUGUUGUGGAGUCUGGAGGCUGGACCACCUCUGUGGUCCUCAGUACUUAAGGACAGGAGUAUGCAAAUGACUCGUGUGACCGCAGCCCGCCCCCCUCGGCGUGAUUGUGUACCCAUACCCUCAGGAGGACCGCGCGCUCCUGGCACCGCUCGCCGCCCUCCCUGCCUCCUCCCUGUGUGUUGCUCGGCCGAUUAAGCACAAGUGGAAUGUAUUUAUUCUUCCAUUCCUGGGAAACAAGUCCAUGUAUCAGAGUGCAGUUCUCUCUGUGUGUGGGUCUGGGAUCUAUGCACUGAGACACAGGAAGCCGUUGGCAGUGGCUCUGGUGGGCGCCCGGCCAGCGGUCAGUGACAGCCUUGCCCUCAGGCAGGAUGAUUGCAAAGCCAGCAGGUGAGGCAGCCCCUUCUGCUAAGAUACGCCUUGUGGGCCCAAGACGUGGGUUUGCCAGUCUAGAAACCAUUGCACUACGUGUGGCGCGUGGCCGGCUUCGGAAGGGCAGCGGCAAUGCCCUCGUCAGCAGUUUACUUGGCUCCGCGGAGAGAAUCAGGCGAGCCUUCCCCCAGUGCUGCUCUGUGCCCUGCAGGUGUCCUCGCCCCCUGCCCGCGGCCCUCCCCAGCCCAGCCUGACAUUUACCUCCGGCACUGGCACUGCGGUGGCGGGAAGCACCCUCCCCAUCUCGCCUGCCCGCCAAGCUGCGCGUGGUGAGGGCCGAGUGGAGCGGGAGAGGACUCGUGGCCUGCGUUUUGGCAGCAGUGACAAAGGGAUGACUAUUAUUUGUGAAGAUAUAUACUCAAGAGUGAUGUGUGCGCGCGCGUGUGGCGUGUGUGUGUGCAUGUGGGUGUCGUAUUAAUGGCAUUAGUCUCUUGCUGUAUCAUUUUUUUUUUUUUUUGUCUUGAAAUGACAGAAGCCUCUGCUCUAAGAAAUGUCGCAAUUCCCGUUGUUUUAUUGGCAAGUGGCACUUUCUCCUAUUUUCAAAAGGACACAUAAAUACACUCUUGGCUUAAGUUACCAGGAGCAUUCAAGUUUAAGGAGGGAAUCUUUUCACUAAUACACUUAUAAAUUCUGGAAUUAGGUUAGUUUUCCGCCGAAAUUUGGAUCAUGCAGAACCGUGUGUCUCAAAGGUGUCUCCACCACCUGCACCCGGAUCCUCGUGUCUGGGACAGAGGUGUGCUUGGUAAAAAUGCAGACUCCUGGCCCUGCUGCCAGCCUCCUAAAUCAGGUUCUCCAGGGCUGGGCAUCUGCAUUUUACACUGUGAGCCAGGUUCCGGGGCUGCCUCCUGUAGGAACCCCUGAGCUGGAGCGCCCUGGAGGGCCCCCUCCCUCUAGUGCUGAGGGCCCAGCAGCGAGAAGCUCCCCGCUGACACGGGAUGUUUUCUAAGCUGAUACCUAGGAAAGAUUGCACACAGACUGAUAGAAAAUGAGAUCUAAAUUUUUUUAAAAAAUCAUUUUGAAAGGAAAGUUUUCUUUUUAGUGGGCCGAAGUACUUUGAGAAGGGUACUUUUUAUAGCCACGUGUACUGGUUUUGUACAACUUUUAAUACUAAAGGCAUUAAUAGACCAACCGUCUCCAGCUGGGUUAGCUGCAUACCUUUGUAUAUGUCUGAUGAUGCAGAAUUCAAAUGGCUGUGGUUACAGUUUCUCAGGUAAAUAAUUGUUCUCCCAAAUUUCUACCAAUCCCCCUUUAUUAGGAUAAAUUUUGAGACAGUGUAAACCUCAAAGUGCAGUAGAGUAAGUUCAUGCCCUGUGCAUAUGGAAGCUGAAAGGGCCUCUUUCUGCCUGCUGGCCGUGCUGACACAUGCACAGAGCUCCCUCCAGCCCACACGUGGCCACGCCGGGCCUCCAGGGUGGCUCCGUCCCCCUCCUGUGCAGGCUGGAGAGGUGUCUGCCCGGAACUUUGCCCAACCCCACUGUUAAGUAAGGUGUGCCUUGCUUUAAGCAAACUGAAUGUGAACAUUUUGAUGUAGAAAUCUGGAUUCAUUUAGGGAAAACACUGGGAUUGAUCUUGUCUCUUUAAAAGAGGUCUCCCUAGGUUCUUAUUCUGGUACUCUUCCUAGUAGAUUUUAAAAUAUUCACUUUAAUAAAAAUUAAUGUAUUCCCAUCCCUUCACCACACUCUAUUACAUUUGACAAGCUCUCGCCCCAUAACUUAGCAGUGAAAGCCCAGGGGAGCUGUUUAAAGUCGCCGUUUUGUAGAAGAGCCCUUUGGAAAUGCUGAUUCCUUCUGCUGUUUAUGUCUCAUAAGCUCAGAUAUUCCUAGUUCUGAUACGUUUUGUAAUACCGGGCAUAGCUAUACUUUUAGAAAGGGAUUGUUUUAGCUUUGGUUUUCUCUGUCCUGAGAAAUGCUCACGUACACACUUCUGAUACUACACUUUUGGGUCUUUCUCUUUUCAAGAUUAUGUUGCUGUUUGGUAGUGUCUCGUGCUCGCUGGAGCGAGUGUUUGCACUCCAGACCCCUGGACGGCCCCUGGCCACUCUGGUGGCGUGCCCGAGGGGCGCUGCUGGAGACGGCCACCUCCAAGCUGGCCGAGGGGUUGUCGCCUCUGCCGUCUGACGCUCACCCCUGGCUGUGGAGGGCCCAGGAGAAAAGCUUGGCUCAGUUCCUGCAGCAGAGUUCAAGGGGAGUUUUACUGGUGGUGUGUGUUGUUUGUGUUGUUAAAUGCAAACGUUGCUAUUUAUUUUUGCCUCUCUGCUCUGGUGUGAUUUGGCCGAUGUGGAUAUCCAGCACGUGUGGUACCUGAUGGAUAUGAUAGAAAAACCAUUUUCCCCAACUUUUAUAAAUUACCUAAUGUUUACCUUCAAGUUUGCCGGAUGAUUUAUUUUUGAAAGCCACAAAUGUAAUUUUUCUGGAUGAAUUGUUUUUCUUCUAUAUGCGGCAAUGUAAUUUUACAUUGAUCUGCGGGGUGAUUUAAAUUUUAUUUUUACAAGGCAGUUUUUCAGUCUAAUUAUAUAUUUAUACAAUAUGUUGAGGCUAGAUCGGCCCAGCGUCGUGCAGUUGGGACCCCAGCCUGUCUCCGGGCAGCCCCUCUGCUCCGGCCGCUGAGGAAGCACCGGCUUGUUGCGAGGCUCCGGCAGGAUCUGCGUGCGGUCCCUUGGCGGGACUUCAGUCUGCUGGACAGUCAAGAGGAUUUUUCGUGGGCAUGUCCUACACCUAAGGCAGGUGCGUUAGGAGGGGCUUUAGAAGUUGACAUAAUGCGGACAGUGGACAAUCCCAGCAGCCCAGACAAGCCAUAGAAAUCUCCCUGUGACCUCUCAUCUCUCACGCUUAUGAGAAAAGGAAUGUACAAUUGAUACAAACUUCCUCAGUGUUCAUGCACCUCUCUUUCAGAAUGCAAAUACUUCAUUCAUAGGAAAAGCCCUUCCCCAGAAUAACUGAGAAGAUCCUCUCUGGCUGCCGUGCCAGCAGUUUUGGCUGCUGUGAAGUUUUUCAGUGUAGACAUAGCGCACCUGUGACUUUGUAAUGGGCUGUCCGUGUCAUACACACAUGCUGACUUUUUUGUAAGGAAAGUUUUCAACUCAAAAUAAUUGCACUGAUUUUUUGACAACUUCCUUUUAUUAUCUCCAACUUUGCAUCUGCUGUACUUGUUUGAAAUGAUUGUAAAUAGAUUUAGGAUAGCAGAAAUGACAGGCAUACAAUGUUGCUUUGUUUGAGUCAUCCUACCACCAUUUUCAGUAUUAUUGUAGAGUUGUGUGGACUUAAUUCUGUUCUCUUUAGCCUUGUGUCUGUUGACCAUUUGUGAAGGACAAAUUAGCCUCAUUUUCUGAAAGGAAGUUUGCAGUCUGUUGAAAGGAGUUGAGGUCUGAAGAUUUAAUCGUUUGAACACGUUUCUUGUCCAUUUAAUUCCUUGUUAUUUUCCGUGACUCCCUAAAGUAUUUUCUUCUAGUUCCAUCCAGCAAUUGGCCGUUUGGAUUGGAAGCACCUGUAUGUUAACAAGUCAGGCUCUCCCUUCUCUCUGGUCAGCCAUCAUUUUAAAGCCAUGAGGUCACUGUUGUGUCAAGAGUGUCAUGGGUGGCUUAACCACAGCUGCUCGGGACCCGGCCGGCGCUGCUCCUGUGUACCCCGUGCUCUUGCUAGCUUAGAAGUGUGUGCUCCAGCCCAGGGUGUGACUUUGUUUGUGGUCAGGCUGCCCAGGACCAGACACACUGAGGAGAUAUUAGACACAAGCCAGUGGUCUGAGCGUGUGUCAGUGUCACACGGGCGCCAUCACGGCAUCCUCAGUCAAUGCUUUUUUGGAUAUGUUUGCCAUUUUAUUGUCUAAAGUGAAUGUAUUGGCUUAGCCAAAUCACUACAGAAGGUGGUUUCUGAAUACCUUUUAGUUAAAAAAAAAAUUAAUGCAGAUACAGGCUACCUCUGAAUUCUCAAUCGAUUUAUAUUUGUUCUUAAGCAUAGCCAUCCACACUGAACUUAGCCAAAAUGAUGCUGAAUAAACUGAAUUGUGGACAUCUCUCUGUUCGGUUCUGGCUUGAGAAUGUGUGUGCCAUACUGUGACCCGGGGGCAGUCCCCUCCUCCCCCUGUGAGGUGUCAGAGGAAGACCAGGGACUCCUCAGGGCUGACCAGGAGGACUCCUCUGAGAUCCCAGGAUGCUCAGCAGCCAGUGGGGAUAACGUGGGAAAGCGCUUCUGCGCGGUCCUCACAGGGUGUUGGGGCGCCCCGCGCAGGGCCAUGUGUGGGGAGCCUUAAACCGGCUGCUGCCCCGGCUUUUCACUUUCCUCUCCAGUGUAAGGAAGCACUUUGUUUUCUGGGCAUAAAAAUGGCAUUUUUGUUAUACAGAAGGGUUGAAAAUGGCCCCACUGCUCUUUUCUCCUUUCUCACACACCGUGUAAAGUCUGGACGUUGCUUGAACACGGACUCCCAUGCAGAUGAUACAUUUAAAAAGCUGCAUGGUUUCAACAAACAGUGCAGUUAACUGAACUGUGACUUUGGAGCACUGAGUUUCUGUCACUCCAAACUUAGAAGUGAUCUAAGGUUAGAAAGUAGAAUGUUCUGUUCGAAUCCUAGGCCCUUUGUUGGAAAGGGUCAGGGUCCACGUCCAGCAGUGCAGUGGGACUUCCCACUGCUGGCGCCUGGGCCGUGUGAUGCUGAUGGGCAGGACAUCUGUCCUGGGAGUGUCACCCCUCUGAGGGCCCCUCCUGUGACUAACCGCUUUGCUGUCAGAAGUGCCACCCUCUGCCUCCUCUGCACCGCGCGUGGCUGCUUGGGCGUCCGGAACACGUCCGUGGCUUGCUCUUAUGCCUUGAGGGGCAGGUAGGACGUGGCUUGGUGACAGUCUAUUGGGCAUGUGGAGGUGGUGCUGCCCCCCUGCUGGGCGCUCACCAGACUUUGAUGUUGGCCCAGAGAGGCUCUAAAUGUAUCAUUAUCUAGAGGUAAUUGCUUUUAACACUGUUUUUGGGUUUUGAUGCUUUUCACGUCACGUGGCAUGCAUUCAUUCUGAAAGAGCCAAGUGUCCUUUGCAGUCUUUCUAAGAAUGUUCUCUAAUUGUGCUAUCACACUCCUCUGCAGACCCAGACCGCCCCAGGAUGUAGGGACGUUGAGGGCGGGUGCCCACAGCCGCUGCCGGGGCUCGGGUCGGCCUUGCUCCCAGCCAGAGGCCCUCACAGGGCGGCCUGGGGACACUUCCCAGCAGCCCUGCCCUCCAUCCAGUAACGCAAACAGUUGAACUCAGAUCUGCCCAUCAGCUUUGUGUACGCAGGUCUCUGCAGUCCUGAGGUGGGCUCUCCUACCACCUUUGCGUUCAUGGAAGAUUGUUUUAAAAAAGGGAACUUAAGAUUACUGGUGCUUUUGUUAACACUUUUCUAUCUUACUGGUUGAUGUGAAAAUUUUAGAAAGCUUACAUCUUUAAAUGCCCUUGGUGGUGUGACUGAAGGGUUGAGACCUCACCUCACUUCCAUCCCCCUUCCUGGGGGUUUGGAGGAGGCUGAAUUAUCUCAUAUUUACAACCUCCUUGGAUUGACCUAGUUCAGAAUUAAAGCUAAAACACCAAAUACGAGCUCUCCCCCCCAAGUCUCCAGGAACCACAUGUUGAGGCCACCCUUGUUCAGUACUUCUGAAGCUUCAGCAUCCUUAAAACCCUGAGUUGGCCCCAAAAACCUCCCAUGGGCCAGGGGCGCCAUGCACACUAGCUGCUUGGCUCCUUGGCACCACUUGACAGAAAUGGGCGUUCGCGUGGGGGACCCCAGGCUUCUCUGAACUCUGGAGACGUGGGAGUGGUUCUGAGGGGCGGGAGGGCAGGCGCCCCUGCCCCACAAAGCAAGUAGUGCCCAGGCCUUCCUCUGGUCUCCACUGGUACCAGACGGAGCUUGUUCUGAAAGACCCAGUUUCAGCCUCUGUGCCUUUAAAGUCCGGUCCUCAAAGUCCUUUGAGAGGCAUGCUGGGGCCACGCUGGCGCUGGGAAAGACGCCGUGCCCACCUCGGGUCAGCCGCCGCCCCCUGCCUCAGAAGCCCCCUUUGCCCCUCGGCUCCUGACUCGUAAACUGUGAUUCCCACACUGUCUCGCGGCAGAACGCGUUAGGCUCCAGCUGUGUGGCCUGUCCCACGUCCUGACCACGCCUGUGUCUGCCGGCGUCCCAGGAAGUCGGUGCAAGACCCGACUCAGGCAGGCAUCGGCCAUGACGAUCAGCAGAACCUGGGUUUUUUUCUCAUAGUCACGCAACAAGAAUAUUUAGCGUAAUGGAACUAGAUUUUUAGAAAAGGAAUUGGAAUUGUGUUUUGUGAACUGCGUGUGAAGUCCUCAGAUGUAAGGUGCUAUUCCGUCCUGCUACCCUUAUCUUGGAAUGCUUUUCAUUACCGUUGCUCUGUUCUGUGACGGGGACACUGUUUACUUAGGUACGGGUGUCACCUUGAGCUGUGCACAUAGGACUCUGAUUUUGACACACCUAAAAUGCAAUUUUUAGCACUAGGUCUUUCAUGCCAGGUAUUAAGCAGUUCCUUGGCUGAUGGUCUAAUUAAAAACCACCUUUCCCUGUCAAGGGACGAUUUUAUUGCUUUUAAGUGGGGGAAGUAAUCCAAUGUUAUUUAUUUUUUAAAUGUAUAGAAAUUCCUCGGCUCCUCCCGGCCCCCCACAAGGCCCUUCCCAGCAGAGGCACUGGCUGCAGGGGGCGGUACAUUAACAGUUCCAGUUCCUCUUCAAAGCCAAAUAUACAUGUGACUAAAAUCCUGAACGUAUAUAGUUUAGCACUAAAUUGAAAUUGAGUCCUGAAUUUGAUAGAUUUUAAUGUAGCUGUUGAAGGUAUGAAUUCAUGUUUUAUAACUAUAGAAGCGAGUGAGUUUUUACUUUUUAAAGUUUUAAGAGAAUAAUUGUAAGUUUCUGUGCAGCAAAGUGGCUAAUUACUCAUUAAAUACAAGAAAAGAAUGUAGUGUCUAAAUCCAGAUUUUUCUUACCUCUAGUACACUUCAGAUUACUUACCUAAUAUGUAUUGAGGGGUUUUUAACCCCGACUUUUAUCAGCUUUUCUAUUUUUAUUUUAUUUUUAUAAAAUAAUUGAAAAAGAACCAAAAAUGAAUUCAGAAAUUGUUCUAUAGGUAGAUCUUGCCCCUUCUUAAUUUUUCCCCCACAAUAAAACAUUUUAGAAGACAUUUUGAAUCAAAAUGUAUUAUGACCAUUUAAAGUUUACUAUUUUCUAAGAAGCUGAGCAGCUACAAGGGCCUUGUUUCAGGUGGUACUGUCCGUAUUGUCUCUGGACUCGUUUAUACCUGUGCGGUGGGGGUGUGUGACGAAGUCUUGUGCUUGCAGUAUAGAAACUGUGCAGUGCUGUUUCGUAAGCUGACCGUUCCUGUAUAAACUAGUAUUAUAUACAUUAGGCUCUCUGUAUAACUUCUCAUUUGCUACAUGAAUUGUAAAAUUGAUUAUAAAAUUACAGUACCUGCUAAAUACAAUUCUGAGGCUUCAUGUCCUUGUCUUUAGUUUAAUACCAUCCUGUGUGUUUUGAGGAUGUCCAAUGCUUGCAUGAUGCUAGGUGGUAAUGCCACUUUAAAUUAAGCCUUAAUCAGAUGUUAAAUUUGUAAGUUUCAGAGUAUGCAAAAAUAUUAGGGAGAGUUUAAAAACUGUUCAGAUCAAGAUGCUAGAUCACAGUUCAACGACUUUCUCCAGAGUUAGAAAGGGAGACUUCCAGCAACACAGGUCUCCAUUCGCCUCCCGCUCGUGGGCCAGUCUUGGCUGGCGCUGUUGCUUUGAUGAAAGCAGACCAUUAUGCAUUUCCAUGGCAGUCAGUCAAAAAGACCUGUUCUGAAAGUCUUGAGACUUUUUCAGGGUUAUUUUUAAAUGUUUGAUCUUUUUUUUUUCCUCCAGUCUGAGGUUUAUUUAUGGCUGACAGAGAGUAUGAUUUGGGCAUAAAUCUUAUUUACAAACCUCAUGUUCUAAGCUUUCUUCAGGUAGUGCCACCUGUCAUGGCUUCUGCAUACGAUUACAUGGAUUUUUGUUUUUGUGAAAGCAUCUUAAAUUUAGACAUGGAAUGGAGGGGACCCAGCUUUCUCUACAAUGUGGAUCUACCUCAGUUAAACAGUUGGGUGCUAUUUUACUAAGUCUGUCAAAUUAAAUUGGAAAAAGUAACCAAACAGUGAGAUGUAACUCCGCACGAAGCUUGAAAUCACAAUUUCCGUUUAUUUAAUAACAUUUUUAUUUAUUUUGUGCCUUUUGUGUUGAAUCCUAAUGCAUUGAAAAUAUCAGUAUGAAAUUAAGUAUUUCAUAUUGCAGGUGGGGAGGAAAGCUCAAUUGGCCAUGGAACUUGAUAGAUGACCCCCAGCCAGCUACAGACAUACAUUGGAAUCCCAACUGCCCUCUUAUGAAAAGAAAAAAGAAAAGUAUGUCCAAGAGCAAGUGUAACAUUUUACAAAUUCCAAACUCUUUGAUGCAUAUAUUUCCAACCAGCACUUCAUUUUCUGUGCCAAUGGAGGGGCAGCCAGAAUCAACUGCCGGUGACUCUCCUCACUGCACUUUCUGCCAUUCAUGUCCCCUCUUCCUCGGCAUUAUUUUACUAGGCUUAUUUCAUAAGCAGCAAAUGGACCGUUGUUGAGUUCAUGACCAUCGGCAGAGGAAGGGGAGGCCCUCAUGGUAAGCGGGGGAGGCCUGCAUCCAACAGCAGCCCCAGGGUUUCCAUAAGUUAGGAAAGCUUCCUGGCAGGUGAAAAAAUAAGAUAAGAGAUUGAUGACUUUCCAUGCUUUUGUAUUUGGCAGUUUAAAAUCUAGACUUUUCCUACUAUGGCAAUCUUUUUUAACUUAAUUCUUUGGAGGUAACACAAUAUUUUGGAGUCUUAAGAAUUUGAUUUUAUACCAGUAAGAAAAACUAGGGAACUUUCCUGUAGUAUAUAGUUUUACUAUUUUAAAGAGAUUUCUGGGUUUUACAAGAGAACCAAUAACAUUCCUUAGUGGCAAAACUUUGAAAGUUGAUUUGGGAGGCUUUUUGCUGCAGGAUCUCAAACAAUAGGAUGAUUCUAGUUAAAUGUUUUUCAUUUUUAAACUUCCAUCAGGUUGAUACUUAAGCUGUAUUUUGUAACGAGUACAUCAUCCUUCAGUAUGCUGCAUAUAAAAAUCAGCGUUGUUGCACUUUCUCAGUAAUAAUAAAUGCCCUACAAUUGGCUCACUAUUAAGCAUUUGGUUUUUUUACCUAACAAGUACUUUGGGGCAGGUGAUUAAAUUUAUAUAGGUACCUCAAGAAAAAGAACCUGACUAUGCUGCAUUUUGUUUUGUUAGCUUUUGUAUGUAGCAUUUUGUUCUGCUCUUAUUGUUUUGAUAUAAUUGCUUUUUGGACCCCAAUGGACUGUUGACAGAAAUUUUAAAGUCACUCUUAUAGGGAUAGUUUUUUUUUUUCCUUUUUUAAUCUUACUGCAAUAUCUGGUUCAAAGGCUGCCCACCAGUAGAGUAAUACUUCACCUACGUACACCUGAGGAAAAGGGUACCGUGCUACCAGCAGGCAGUGGUGUCCCAGCCCCUUCUGCUCAUGCUGCUUUCUUUUCUCCAUGACACCAAGCGGCUGGGUAAGUUAUUUCUAAGGUCAGACUUAAACACCAUGGCAUCUUUUUUCAACACAGACCUCACAAAAGCGGCAUUGAGUAAGCAGCAUGAUUCUAAACGUAUUGCUGGCAUUAGGCAGCCAGAUCGGCCUGGUCUCUCUGAAGAGCCGGUCUUCACAUUUCUCCAUUCCCCGGCACUCACCCUAAACUGAACGGAUGGGGAGUGGUCCUGACUGACAAAAGAUAAACUGGUGAAGAAAGCUAAAGGCUGAGACACUGAGCAUCUAUUGUCGUGUUUAAGCUUAGCUGGGUCCUUUCGAGUUUGUUUGACAGCUUACUAGGUUAAGUAGUUUGCACUAUUUUUGCAAUAAAUUCAUGGAAAACCUAACAGUUACUUGUUUUGUUUCUUAUUGUGUGUAUAUAAACUAAUACUAAAAGUUUGGCAUAGUGUUUUUUUCACCUCCUUACAUAACCCUUAACAUGCACAGAAUGCUGUAAAUCUGAUAAAAUAUGAUGUGAAUGAUAUUUUAUAAAGUUAUUUUGUAUGGUGUCAAUUUUGUUUUGCCUCAUAGUAUGUCAGCAAAAAAUAAAAUAAAAUUCCUCGUAUUUACAGUG